AAUUCCCUUCUCCUCAGUCGGUCUCACUGUGUUUUCUGUUGGUUAGUUAGCACGAGAACAGAGGUGUGUGUGCAGAGAGAUCAGAUAAUGUCAGUGACAGACGAAAUCAAAGGCAAACAAACCCUGAUCUUCACAUAUGGCACACUGAAACGAGGCUUCGCUAACCAUCCUCUCCUGCAAGACCUAAUCCGCACAGACGACGCCGUUUACCUCGGCUCCUACCUCACCGUCCACGAACUCCCUCUCGUCUGCGGCCCACACGGCGUCCCAUUCCUCCUCAACCUCCCUGGAUCGGCCCGCCACCGAGUCCACGGCGAGCUUUACGCCGUGUCGGACCGUGCACUCGCCCGAAUCGAUGAAUUGGAGGGCACGACUCGCAGUCACUACGAGAGACUCCCAAUUCAGGUCCGAUCCGAAACCGAGGUCGACGGCGGUGACGGUGGCGGUGUGGUGGUGGAGGCGGAGGCGUAUUAUGCGCACCGGAGCUAUGCGGAGGAGAUGUGGAGGAGGAAUGGGAGGGUAGGGUUUAGUGCGUUUACGGAGAAAGAGGAGAAGGGGUACGUGAAAAGGGGUGAUAGGCCCAAGGAUCGAAGUUUUAUCGAAGAUAUUCAAUUGUUCGUUUCGUCGUCGUCUUCUCCUCAAUUGUGAUUCUGAUUUCGAAGGUUUCUCAUGGCAAAAUUCUCCAUCAAAUCGACUCUCGGAGGCGGUCUUCAUAUCAUUACUAGAUGACCUGAGAAAGAACCAGGGAUUGGCGCUACGUGACACAGGUGCAGCUGCUACCACAUUUGGCAAAAGGCUUGCCCUCUUGAGCCUAUGUCUGUCUUUUUAUUUUUUAUUAUUAUUAUUUUUUUAUUCCCUUGUUCUGUCAUAAUUAGAUUCUUAAAUGUCUUCCCGGUCAGGAAAUGCAUAAUGUUAGCAACAAUUUGAAAUAUAAAAUGUUAUAUUUAUAUUAAAAGGACAAUAAACCAAAUUGUACCUAAUAUCAAAUGAAAACUUCUUUCAAUUUUAUGUAAGUGGGUUGGGCUGUGAUUUUGGUGGUCGGGCCACGUGGGUACUUUCCGCGUGCGGGAGGCGUGAUGAAUUAUUGGUUGAGUUUGGAUUUGUUAGGUCCAUUUUGUGUUGGAUAUUGCAUGGUAAGGGUUUGAGUUUUGUCCAAACACUUCGUCUUCUUCACUGAAAUCGCAAUGGAAAGAUGGUUUAGACAAACACACACAUCAAAAUUUAUCAAAAUGUGUAAUUUUAAUAGGUUAAGGUUAUAAAGUUUUGGGUCUUCAGAUUUGAGAUAGGUCUGAUUCAUGAAAAAAGAUAAAUAUUGUUCAAAGAAAAUAUGAGAAAACUGAAAAGAAGAUCAAAAAGAGAAAAGUAAAAACAGAUAUAGAGGGUGGGUGUUAGUGUGGCUCAAGAGUGGGAGAGUCAAAUAAAAAAAUAAAAAAAAAAACCGAGUCGGUGAGUCGAGCUUAAACAUAAAAGUUAUUUAUUUAUUUAUUUUUUUCAACUUAAACAUAAAGUUUUAAUAAUAUGAAUUGUGCGAAAACACGCGCUUUUUUUUUUUUU